AAGCUAACGAUACUCUGAGGCAAGAUAAAAGCCGAGGUCUGCAUGGGUACACCAUUUCCGUUUUUUUGUACAGUACCAAGUUGCACCUUUUGGAAUUAUUUUUUCGUUGACUGACCUAACGUUUUGGGCGAGUGUUUUUCUUUCUCGCAUGCGAACGAAAAUCACGUGUCUUAAAAGAUGUCAAAAUCUUUAUCGUUUCGGUUGCAACUGAGCUCCAUAAUGGAGAUAACGACUAAAACGGCAAUAGAUGAAAUAUGCAAAAUUGUAGACAGCGAUUUUGCGUUUUUACGACAAGAGCUGUCUCGGGUCAUGAGUGAAAACACAGUUCUGAAAGACAAAAUGCUCUGUCUUGGGAGCGAAAGACAAGACGAAGGCGCGCGCAUCACAAAGGAAGCGCGCGCUGGCUCCAAAACACUUCGCUCUAUUUGUGUUCAAACUGAAGAUGGACCGCAGCCCUCCAUCAAGGGGAUUUUUGGAAAGGAGUGGUGUUCCAGUUUGUGGGAUCGGAGGAACGAGUCCAGAGAAGAUGAGCAGGCGAUCGAUGUCGACCUCUACACCGUAACGCCUUAUAAGCAUGAAGAAAAAGACCUCUCCAACCUGGUCUUAAUCAAAGAGGAGAGUUUUGAAGUGGACACUUAUCCCAGCUAUACAGGGAAAACACCCCAAGUUUCAAGACGACUAUCUUCUGCAUAUGAGACCUCGGCAGACCAUUUUGUGUCUGGUGAAUUUUCAGAGAUUUCAGAAAUACAAAACACGUCCUCUGAUUCGUCAGAUAAACACUCUACAAAAACCACCACUGAUGACACUGUCGACCGAUUAAUAGCACCAAUAGACGAUCCGUUGGAUUUUGAUGGUCAAUGUGUCCUCAACCAAUUUUCAGUAGAGCACAAUAACGAGUUUCCCUCUGAGGCCCAGGACGACGGAGAAGCACAGGAAACAUGCGCAGAUGCUGCAACCACUACAGAGCAUUGCGAAAAAAGAUUUAGGGUGCAGAAACUGCCAAACAACUUCAGUUGCUAUGACAGCGGGAGGGUGUUUGUUCGCCAAAAUGCUGCCAGAAACCGUCUCAGAAAACAUCGGUUUUCAAAGCUGAAACCUAAUGAAAAGUUUCGUUGUGAGGUCUGUGGGAGAUGUUUUCAUUCAAACACCAAUCUCACGGUUCACUAUUUAGUCCACACAGGGGAAAGGCCCUAUAAAUGCAGUUUUUGUGGAAAAGGGUUCUCCCAGAAGGGAAAUUUACAAACCCAUGAACGCAUCCACAGAGGAGAAAGACCUUUUAGUUGUGCCACCUGCGGAAGGAGUUUCACCCAGAAAGUCUGCCUACGAAAUCAUGAACGCAUCCACAGAGGAGAAAGACCUUUUACUUGUAUAACCUGCGGAAAGGGUUUCACCCAGAAAGUCACCCUACAACAACACCUCUCUGUCCAUGACAGAACAGCUAAACCAGUAAGGAAGAAGCCAAGGAAAAGUUACAGUGAUAUAAAUUAUAGCUUUAUGUAGCGCUCUUCUUUUCCUCAAUUUGAGAUUACAGUAGUUGUGUAAAAUGAAAUAUUGGGAAGAAUAUGAACUCUGGAAAUGUGAGGUUGCAGCACCUUAAGAAGAAUGUCUCUGUGUGUAAUACCUGUAGCAGAAAUAUAUAGUCAGGUAUGGCUGUGUAUUACGCUGUGGUAAUGUAGUUGUUAUCCUACAAAACUAAUUUGUUUCUUCUGUUAAACCAAAGGCACAGCUUAUCUGGUGGUCUUUGAUAUCUGGGCUAUACUGCCGGUCAUAAGUUUGGAACAAUUAAAGGGUUAGUUCCCCCAAAAAUGAAAUUCCGGUCAUUAAUUACUCACCCUCAUGUCAUUCCACAACCCGCAAGACCUUCGUUCAUCUUCGGAACGCAAACAAAGACAUUUUUGAUGAAAUCCAAAAUUGAAUUACGAAAUUGCCACUUUUAAGGUUUAGAGAAGUAGUAAAAACAUGGUUAAAAUAAUUGAUGUGGUUCAACUACAGUGGUUCAACCUUAAUGUUAUGAAGCGACGAGAAUACUUUUUGUUAGCAAAAACCAAAUUUAUUUGAUGAAAAGUUAAGGAUUUGAUGGAAAAUUAAGCAUUGACAUCACAUAAUAUUCAAAUAGAAAAGUUUAUUUAAAAAUCUAAUGAUAUUUAACAAUAUUACUGUUUUUACAGUAUUACUGAUCAAAUAAAUGCAGCCUUGAUGACUUUUUUUUGAGAUGAGACUGAGAAAAUCCCAAACUUUUGACCAGUAGUGUAUAGCCCAGAUCAAAGACGACCAGCGGUAAAUGCAUCCCUGUUUAAGACUUUAGGCUUAAAGGGUUAGUUCACCCAAAAAAAUGAAAAUUCUGUCAUUAAUUACUCACCCUUGUCGUUCCACACCCAAAAGACUUUUGUUCAUCCUCAGAACACAAAUUAAGAUAUUUCUGAUGAAA